CUCAGUACAGCAAGAACGUACUCUCCAUGCAACAUGGCCCGGACCAUCAACACGUGGCUCUAUCUCCUGACUUACCUCUGUAAGUAUGCACUCACACUCACAAACUCACAAAUCCACUCACUCACUCACUCAGAAUGUAAUCUCUGUAAGUAUGCACUCACACUCAGAAACUCACAAAUUCACUCACUCACUCAGAAUGUAUUCUCUGUAAGUAUUCACUCACUGGUUUAUUGAUGCACUCAUAGUACCGUUGCUUUGUUUAUACUUCAUGUUUGCACUAACUUGUAGACAUUUACUCAUUUACUUUGUUUCCACACUAAGUAUGCACUCACACUCACUUUUUCCACAAACACUCACUUGGAUUCUCAGUUCUCUGUUUUAUCUGUCUGUCUAAUGAUUGCUCAGUAAGUGCCCUCAGAUUAAGAAGCUCACUCUAUUCUCCGUUUGCACUCACACUGAGUGGUUCCACGGUUUGUUUUUGCUGUGAAUAUUCACUCCAAUAAAUAUUACUAUGUUCUCUCUAUAUAAGCUUGCAGUCAGUGCACACUCAGACAGUCGGGGUGCUGGGGUGAGUCUGUCUGGACCGGUCGCUGUGCAUGUUGGGUAUUUUCUCUCUAUAUAAGCUUGCAGUCAGUGCACACUCAGACAGUCGGGGUGCUGGGGUGAGUCUGCCUGGACCGGUCGCUGUGCAUGUUGGGUAUUUUCUCUCUAUAUAAGCUUGCAGUCAGUGUACACUCAGACAGUCGGGGUGCUGGGGUGAGUCUGCCUGGACCGGUCGCUGUGCAUGUUGGGUAUUUUCUCUCUAUAUAAGCUUGCAGUCAGUGCACACUCAGACAGUCGGGGUGCUGGGGUGAGUCUGCCUGGCCCGGUCGCUGUGCAUGUUGGGUAUUUUCUCUGUAUAUAAGCUUGCAGUCAGUGUACACUCAGACAGUCGGGGUGCUGGGGUGAGUCUGCCUGGCCCGGUCGCUGUGCAUGUUGGGUAUUUUCUCUCUAUAUAAGCUUGCAUUCAGUGCACACUCAGACAGUCGGGGUGCUGGGGUGAGUCUGCCUGGACCGGUCGCUGUGCAUGUUGGGUAUUUUCUCUCUAUAAGCUUGCAGUCAGUGCACACUCAGACAGUCGGGGUGAUGGGGUGAGUCUGCCUGGACCGGUUGCUGAGCAUGUUGGGUAUUUUCUCUCUAUAUAAGCUUGCAGUCAGUGCACAUUCAGACAGUCGGGGUGCUGGGGUGAGUCUGCCUGGACCGGUCGCUGUGCAUGUUGGGUAUUUUCUCUCUAUAUAAGCUUGCGGUCAGUGUACACUCAGACAGUCGGGGUGCUGGGGUGAGUCUGUCUGGACCGGUCGCUGUGCAUGUUGGGUAUUUUCUCUCUAUAUAAGCUUGCAGUCAGUGUACACUCAGACAGUCGGGGUGCUGGGGUGAGUCUGCCUGGACCGCUCUCUGUGCAUGUUGGGUAUUUUCUCUCUAUAUAAGCUUGCAGUCAGUGUACACUCAGACAGUCGGGGUGCUGGGGUGAGUCUGCCUGGACCGGUCGCUGUGCAUGUUGGGUAUUUUCUGUUUGAAUCCUGUUUGCUGACAAUUGCUGGAUUCCUUUGUAGAGGUCUUUAUGGCAGUUUAGGACAACUGUUGUCCAGUCAAUGAUGUGUCCAGAGCAGACUUUCCAUGAAAAUUGCCUAUUCACGACCUAUCUUAUCAGCCAGAGAGCUGUUUAAAGUCUGUUGGUUCAUGUAAUCUUGUAACGCAGGAUUCUUUUUACAUAAACUCUUAAUAGCUGCUGUUCUAUUUGUUCCAUGGCUUGUGGUGAGCAAUUGUGGUCUGUAAUGCUUCUGAUGUCUUCAUGACCCCCGAUAAGGGCAAUCACCAAUGCUCGCAAUAAACAGCUACACAUUUCAGAUUAAUGUAACAGUCCUGGCCCUCUGUAACGAUGUGUCGAACUUGAGACACUGUAUUAUUCCCAUUUCACCCCGUGGACCUAUGUGAGCAGAACAUUAAACAAUGAAGGAUUGGGGGUGACAAGUGUUGGGUCUUUCGACUUAGACGAUUCCUUGGCCGAUGUUGGACGAGUCGGCUAGUUUAUGGUCGGAUAUCAUACCAAGUUCUCUGUGUUCGUCUUCAUGAGGCACAAUGGAGUUACAGCAAGAGAAACAGACACUGACUUGGGCCUAAUCCAAAUUCUUCGUCUUCAGUGAAACCUUCACACAAAGCUCCAGUGUGUUAACGAACCUCAAAAUAGAACAAAUAAUGUCAUUGAUAAUUUGCAAAGCAAUAAAAUAGUGUAAAAAAAUAAAACCCUGUGAUUUUAUUAUAAAACUAUUGCAACAAAAUACUUGCAGAAAAAUCUUUGUACUUUGUAUCUAUUUUGGUGUAGUUGCUGUGAUGAUGUUUAUUGUGUGUGUUGAGACAAAGUAUUUCCCCUGUAAAAAGAAAAUUUGAGGGAUGAUGUUUUUUUGUCGGUUCGGGUCAGCAGAACUUUGGUGCCUGAAAACCAAUUCGGAAAAUGAAUCAGAUGAAAUAAAUAGGAGCGAAAAUGGGCCAAUCGGUUUACUACUAAAUAUCUACAUGAUGUAAUAUUAUGUCUAUCGUUUUUAGUAGAAUGAUAUCAGCAUUUUCCCACCAUUCCAUUCACAGAUCCUGUUAGAAAAAGUAACCAGUAGAUGGGAAAGUGGGGCAGUAGUAAUAAAAGUAUAUUUCUAAAUUACAUAUCUAUUAAAUAUAUACCAAUAUCAUAUUUUAUAUAUAUAGUUCCUCUUUGCCCCCCCUUUAUCGGUCACAUCCCACUUGAUUUGUCAAUAAAAUCGGUAGCUGUCAGUCAUCUCUUUUUCCCAUAAAUAAUCUUUUUUUUUUUGCUGCCCCGGGUACAGAGUUCAUGAAUUCGUCCUGUUAUCUGAUCUCCAAAUCUAGGGUAUAUAUUGUGCCAGCAGUCAUGCACGUGCAAACAUGCUAACUCUUUAAAUCAUAAUUUCACUGCCUUUCAAUUCAGUUUUUAUAUCUCCAACUGGGCAGGGUUGUUUUACAUUUCUGUAAAAGUAUAGUUCAAUAAAAUGCUAUAAAAUCUAUGAGAUAUGUUAGGAGGAAUGAAAGAUGCUAAUUUCUUUUUCAAGGGGACACAUUCAUUAAAGUAAAUAGGUAAUUAUUAUGCAUUAAUACAUAAUGCAUUAAAGUAAAUAGGUAAUUAUUUUAAAAAAUGUAUAUUUAACUUCAAAGUUCCUUAAAUUGCAGCAUUUGCUCAGACACCAAACAGGUGCAAAUUCGCAUAAGAAAUGUCGAUGUUAACAGAGAUGGAGACAGUUUUGUAAACAGUAAUCCUACAGGACGCUGCGCUAUGGAAUUUGCUGGCGCUAUAUAAAUAAUAAAAUAAUAAUAAUGCUGAGGAUUGUUAAUGUAAAUGUGUGUUUGUGUCACGUACAGGUCUCUGCUGCCUUAUCCCAGUGCGAUGUGCAGGUUUAUUUUGGAAACUCCACGACAAAGUGAUCCUGGAAUGUCCGUUCAGGGAGAAGGGUCUGGGAGUGGAUCUAAAUAAAGUGACGAUGCGCUGGGACCAUGACGGACGGAUACUGGCCGAGUACAGGGCAGGAGAAGACAACAUCACGAUUUCUGAUCCCCGAGUCAAAAUGUCGAUGGAAGAAUUAGGACAAGGAAAAGCACCAAUAAAUCUGUUUAAUCUCACACUGACAGACAGCGGAAAAUACACGUGCUUAGUCCAAUAUGGAAACCAGAUGGUGCCAUUUCAGUACAGAGUGCAGGUGAAAGGUGAAGAAUUUAUAGUGAUUAUUAUUAUUUAUUAUAAUUAUUUUGUUGGGUUUAAUUGAAUCGGGAUACAAAAUAAUGCAGCAAUUAAGGAAAAACAUGAUAAUAAAAGUCAGUAAAUGUUUAAAGUGACCCUUGUCAUGACACAUUCACUCCAAUCGAAAAUCAUCACCUAAGAAAUGGAUACAUUGUUUAUCAUAUAGAAAGAAAAUCAUUAUUAAUUAAUCAAUUAAGCAACCACUUACUUUUCCAUGUUCAUCCGUGGAUGUUAUACCAAUGUAUCUCUCACUUUCUCUCUAAAAAUACCAGCCCCCUCCGACUAUUUGAUCCUGUCUGGUAAGACUACCCAAAGCAGGUUUAGACUAUUAAUCAUUGCGCAUGAUGUGCAUUCUGUUAGUCUGUUUCUAUAUUCCUGGGGCACAGAGCACUACAUAAGGAAACAUGCAUGGGUUCUCCUGCUCUUCCUGUCAAUCAGUCUUUGAAUAGCCUUUUGUGCCAGGGAUUGAUUGACAGUUGAGGGGAGGGACUAUAUCUUUAUAUAACUUUUUCAUAAAAUGUAUUAAUUUCCUAUUAUUUCUAGCCCAAAGAAAAAUAACAUGUAUUGGUAUAUAAUAGUAUAAUUUAUAAUUUAAGUGAUAUAUUUAGACAUUGUUUUAGAAUUAUAAAGACAUUAAUUUUGUAAUAAACCAAUAUUAUAUUAUUUAAUAUAUGGUCUAGCUUAUUCAUUUUUUAAUGUAUAAAUAGUUAGACUUGCGUUUUGGAAUUUAUUUGUGAUAAAGGAAAUGGAAGAAAAUACCCAGGAUAAAUAAUAGACAGUAUUUUUAAGAUGUCGAAUGACUUGUCUUCACACAUAUGAUAUCCAUACAUAUGUACGGAUGCUGACAUGUACAGAUAGCGAGCCAAGCUCUGGAUUACAGGCUGUAGUAAUAGGUGGUUCCUUUUUAAAUCUGUUCCUUUUUAAAUCUCUAGAAAGUCCAUAGCUUCACUGAGUUUUUUUUUGUGGGGAGUCAGCGGAUUUAAAAGGCUAAAAACAGAUAAGAUCUAUUUUAUUAAAUCACUGGUUUAAAGGGGUUUAAAGGGACACUGUAGGCACCCAGACUUCUUCAGCUCAUUGAUGUGGUCUGGAUGCAGUGUCCUUAUUGCCCUUUGUGCUGCAGAUCCAGAGAAAUUGCAAUGUUUACAUUGCAGCACUAAGUCUGCCUCUAGUGGCUGUUUAAAACUUUAAAUUGAUUUGUCCACCUAUAUGGGUAGCAUGAUGUAGAGUUUGGGGGACAUUAUAUUAUAACCGUGACCCAGGACCAUCCUCUCCUGCCUUUCUGCCUACACAUAAUAGAGAAGAUUGGACACACAUUGGCAUUAACUAAAGAAAAUUUGGAGAGAUAGCUUUUCACAAUAAUCCCAUCCCCACCUAGAGAACAUACAUUAAAUGGACACUUCACCACCUAAAUAAAUGAAAAAAUCACUAUUUAGUAGAUACAUCCCAACUAAAAACAUACCUACAUUUAAUUGUGAAUUUUUUUCAUUGGUAGUAUAUAUAAAUACAUUUCACUCUUUUCUGCAACCCUUGCAAGCCCUCCCCUUCUAGCCCCGCCCAGACUUUCUGUGGCUGUCCAAUCACAGACUUCCCAAUGCAGCUCAAUGAGAAGUCUUUACAAGGCAGGUGCUCUGGGCAAUUGCUGCCUCUUGAGUUUAUCUCAAUUGAGCUAAACAAACCAGGAAGUAACAGGACCAGGUUCAUUUGUAAAAGUGCCAAUUUCUAUUGAAAUCUACACUUUUUGUAAAAUGAAAAAAAGAGGACACACUCUUCAUACAUAAAGCACUUCAGCAAGAUAAACUGAAUUAAACUAUGAAGUGCACCCCACAAUUCAUUAACUAAAGUGCAUUUUUAUAUUUAUAUACAUAUCAUAAUUAAAUUACACACGUAUACACAUCAUAAUUAAAUUGCACACGUAUAUAUGUGUGUAUAUAUAAUAUAAAAUAUAAAUAAUAAGCAAAAUAAAAAUAAAUUAAAAAUUAAAAAAUAAUUAAAAAAAUUAUAUAUGUAUAUGUAAUUUUAUUCUAACUGUAUUUUGAUACAGAUAGAAUAACUCAAAAUACACUUGGAAUGAAAUUAUAUCUAUAUAUCUAUGUAUAUAUAAAUAAAUACAAAUAAUCCGAAAUAUAUAAAUCCAAAUACAAAAUUCCAUAAAUAAUUUCACAAAUAUACAUGUAGACUGCAAAUAUAUAAGUAUGUAUAUAUAUUUAAAUUCUACAUGCAUAUUUAUGUAAUAUUAUUAAGUAAUUUUAAUGAUUGCAAUUUGCGGGACCUGCCUGACAACCCAGGCUGAAAGUCCAGAGAAUUUAAUUUGCUAGCACUAUAGUUAACCCUAUUACUACAUAUAUAUCCAGGGGAUGCAGCUGAUCUGGGAGCUUUGUAUGCACUGAGACUAGUGGCACCAACUUCUUGUUUGUUUUUUGUAUUUUGUAUAUAUUGGGGUUAAGCCCCUUGAGACCCCUGGAGUCUCUCUGCGGUACUUAGGAUAUUGGGUUAGACCUGUCACUAUCCCAUUCUUUGGGUUAAGUGUAUGGGUAAAUACCUAUAUUCUUAUUUUCGUUCCAAUAAUUAAUCCUCUAACUUUCCAGGACACCAUAAAACCUGUAAAUGGGGGGGGUAAUGUUAUACUUGGGAGACUUCGCUGAACACUAAUAUUAGCGAUUCAAAACAGUAAAACAUAUGACAGCGAUGAUAUUGUCAGUGAAAGUGACUUUUUUGCAUUUUUCACACACAAACCGCACUUUUACUGAUGACAUAAUUGCUGUGAUACGUUUUACUGUUUUGAAACAAAGCUAAUAUUUGUGUUCAGCGAAGUCUCCCAAGUAUAACAGUACCCCCCAUGUAGCGGUUUUAUAGUGUUUUUGAAAGUUACAGGGUCAAAUAUAAGGCUUGAUUUCCCUUUUUUUUUUUACAUUGAAAUUUGCCAGAUUGGUUUGCUGGGCCUAUGUUGCCUUUGAGAGCGUAUGGUAGCCCAGGAAUGAGAUUUACCCCCAUGAUGGCAUACCAUUUGCAAAAGAAGACAACCCAAGGUAUUGCAAAUGGGGUAUGUCCAGUCUUUUUUAGUAACCACUUAUUCACAAACACUGGCCAAAAUUAGCAUUCAAUUUAGUUUUUUACUUUUUUCACACACAAACAAAUAUGAACGCUAACUUUGGCCAGUGUUUGCGACUAAGUGACUACUAAAAACUACUGGACAUACCCCGUAUUGAAUACCCUGGGUUGUCUACUUUAAAAAAAUAUGAACAUGUGGGGUGUUAUUAAGAGAUUUAUGACAGAUAAUAGUGUUACAUUGUCACUACUGAUAAAUUUAAAAAAUGUAUGUUUUGAAACCGCAAUAUCCUACUUGUACCUAUAGCCCUAUAACAUGCAAAAAAAUAGCAAAAAAGCACGUAAACACUGAGUAUUUUUAAACUCAGGACAAAAUUUUUAAUCUAUUUAGCAGUUUUUUCCAUUCGCUUUUGUAGAGGAGUAAAAUAUUUUUCAAGUAAAAGUCAAAAAACACGUUUGUUUUUUAAAAAUUUUCACCACAUUUUUUCUUAAAUUAAAAUAUAUGACAUUAUAGAAAUAAUGGUAUGUAAAGAAAGCCCUUUUUAUCCUGAAAAAACCCCAAUCUAUAGUUUGUAUGGGAACAGUAAAUGAGAGAGAGGAAAAUUACAGCUAAACACAAACACCACAAAAGUGUUAAAACAGUCCGGUCCAUAACGUACAACAUGGCCAAAACAGUCCGGUCCUUAACGUACAAGAUGGCCAAAACAGCCCAGUCCUUAACGUACAACAUGGCCAAAUCAGUCCGGUCCUUAACGUACAAGAUGGCCAAAACAGCCCAGUCCUUACCGUACAACAUGGCCAAAACAGUCCAGUACUUAACGUACAACAUGGCCAAAACAGUCCGGUCCUUAACGUACAACAUGGCCAAAACAGCCCAGUCCUUAACGUACAACAUGGCCAAAACAGUCCGGUCCUUAACGUACAGCAUGGCCAAAACAGUCCAGUCCUUAACGUACAACAUGGCCAAAACAGUCCGGUCCUUAACGUACAGCAUGGCCAAAACAGUCCAGUCCUUAACGUACAACAUGGCCAAAACAGCCCCGGUUCUUAAUGUACAGCAUGGCCAAAACAGCCCGGUCCUUAACGUACAGCAUGGCCAAAACAGCCCCGGUCCUUAACGUACAGCAUGGCCAAAACAGCCCGGGUCCUUAACGUACAGCAUGGCCAAAACAGCCCCAGUCCUUAACGUACAACAUGGCCAAAACAGCCCCGGUCCUUAACAUACAACAUUAGCAAAACAGUCCGAUCCUUAACGUACAACAUGGCCAAAACAGUCCAGUCCUUAAUGUACAACAUGGCCAAAACAGUCUGGUUCUUAACGUACAACAUGGGCAAAACAGUCCAGUCCUCAACGCACAACAUGGGCAAAACAGUCCGGUCCUUAACGUAUAACAUGGCCAAAACAGUCUGGUUUAAGGGGUUAAAUGCUUCUCAUCAAGGCCUGUGGGGUAUUUUACUUCCUUACAUUUCCUUGACCCUCUAUUUGUUCUUCUCUGUCUAGAACGUGGGAUCGAUGUUCAGCACAUAAGCUCUGGCAGCAGAAAGCAGAUUGGUAAGAAAUUACUGAGAAGUGAGAACAAGCCCUAGGUCACAGGCAGAAAGUAACCAUAGCAAAUAGCGCCCCCACUGUAUGAGAAGGAUGGUAUGUGCAUUGCACCCAGGAUCUCUGGCUAAGGCAAUAAUUCCUAUUUUUCUGGAUUUCUGGAUCUAAAACAAUCUCUGUAGGCUUGGUCCCAGGUUGGAGGGUGGGAGACAUGAUGGGGAAUGGAUAAUGGGGUCAGGGUGUGGAUAAUGCCGGGGAGAGUAUGGGGUGACACUCAUUAUGCUGCAUAGGACCUCUCCACCCCCGAAACAAUGAAAAUGCAAUCCUAAAGACGUUACAGACAUGUGGAGCAUAGUAGGACACGGCCAAUACACAUACAGUUUUAUAUAUGUUCUGUUAUAUACAGUAGAUUAUAUGAUAUGUUAAAGCAAUGGCGGCUCUAGACUUUGUGAGGCCUUAGGUGAAACUCAAACAUGAGGCCCCCACAAACACCAAAAGUAAAAAAAAUAAAUAGGUGUUUGUAUUGUGUGUGUGUAUAAAAGGUGCUGUAGUUAUAUUGAAGGGAGAGCUUACAGCACUGGAUGCAGAGAGCUAGUCUCUGCAUUCAUUGUUCAGAGGCUUACAGUGUCGCGGCUCCCUAUGCCGCUGUGUUGUGAGCUCUCCAAUUCUAGUUAUGGCAUAUUUUGCAAACUUAAUUCAUUUGCAAUAAACAGAUUUAAUUAGCAAUUAUGCUAAUCGUUUAUACACGACUGCGGGAUUUGGUUAUAUAGCAUUGCAGUCGUAUAUACAUAAGUGCUGGUGUGUGUAUUGUCUACCCGUGUAUGUGCCUGGAAGUGUGUGUCUGAUAGAGAGUAUCCUUCUGUGUGAAUGUAUGUGUUUGUGAGCAUGUGUCUGGGACUGUAUGUGUGUGGGGUGUGUUGUGUUUAUGGGGGCUGCCUGGGACCUUGAGUAAAGUGGCAACUGUGGCAGUGUGAGUGUGACAGGGUUAGGGGAGUAAAUGAGAUGGGGGGGUGAGAAUGAUAGGGGGGGAUUAGAGCAUGGUUAGAGGAGAGAGUGUGACAGGCCAAGGGGAAGUAAGUGCGACAGGAUUGGAGCAGGGUAAUGUGUCAGUGUGAGUGUGGCAUAGUUGGGGGGUGUAUCACAGGGCUGGGGUGAAUGUGCCAUGUUUGGAGGACAGGAUUGUGACAAGAUUAUGGGGGUUAAUGUGGCAGUAUUUGAGGCAUUAAUAUAAAAAGCUGAGUGUGGCAGGGUUGGGGAGGAGAGUGUGGCAUAGUUGGAAGAUAGGAUUGGAUGGGUUUAUGUGGCAGGGUGAAGGAGGUAAGUUGUACAGACUGAUGGAGGAUGAGUGUGACAGAGUUGGUGGGUGUGUGUGACAGUUCAAGAGAAGGUGAGUCUCUCAUGAUUGGGGGGUGCAAGGGCAGAUGAGUUUAGUAUGGUUGUAGGGUGUGAGAGAGACAGGAUUAGGAAGGGUUUAUGUGAGUGUGUCUGAGAGAAGGGGGUGUCAGUGUGUGGGGGCUGAAAGUGUUUGGGAAUGGUGAUAGUGUAUGUGUAGGGGUGACAGUGUGUGGAGGGGGUGAUAUUGUGUGUGGAGGGGGUUUCAGUGUGUAUGGGGAUGACGGUGAUGGGGUGUGUGUGUGAGGGUCUGUGACAGGGUGUGUGUGUGUAGCUGUGACAUUGGUGGGGGAUGGAGAGGCUGUUACAUUGGUGGGGGGGGGUUGGAGGGGCUGUGACCUGGGUAAAGGGGGGGUGGAGGUGCUGUAACAUGGGUCUCAUAAUUACCUUUUUUUUAAAUCGAUUCCCUAUUGGUCCAGUGGGCAGGCUUUACCCCAGAUUCCUUAGUGGUCCUGUGGGCUUCCUUUCCUGCCUGCAGCUCUGCAGAGUGGUUCUUGGGUCCAAUAAAAAUUGCCUAUCGUUUGGAACAAUUUGGAGUGCCUGGAUUAUUUUCUACAAAUACACUCACUCACUGACAGACACACACACAUACACACACACACACACACACAGAGAGAGACAUUCACUCACUGACAGACACUCACUGACAGAACCACACAGGCAGACACUUACUGAGAGACACACACACUCACAGACACUCACUCACUGACAGUCAAACACUCAAACACUCACCUACCUGGAGUCCAGUGUGGAGCAGCUCCUCACUGCUCCCGCCCGCUGUUUAGUAUGCCGGGGCCAGAAUGACGUCACAUUCCGGCUCCCAGCAUCACAGAGGGCACCCGAGGGAGGAGUGAGAGGCUGCAAGAACAGCCUCCCUCGCCGCCUUGCUUCACCUGGCUCUUCCAGCAUUUGAUGGCAGAGCAGGCACCUGUGAUCAAGGUAAGCAGGUGCCUGCUCUGCCAAACUGAAGGACAACUAAGGGGGCACCCUGAGGUGGCCAUAUGGCCACCACCUGACCCCCCUGUGACAGGGCGCCCCCACCUUCGGGUGCCUGGAGGAGCGGCCCGGCGCUGUGGAGGGGCGGCUCAAGAACAGAUCGCCCAAAGUGAUGUGGCCCAAGACAGGGGGAGGCCGCCAGGAAAUAUCCCAGUGGGCGCCCCCAGCAGGCCGGCGCCCUAGGCGAAUGCUUAGUACUCCUAAUGGUGGCGCCGGCCCUGCAAGUACCCCCUACCAGUCCAGGAUUUAAGGAUUACCCUGUUGUGUCUAAAGUGUGUUUUUUUUUUUUCUAAAAAAACUUUCUGCUUUAAACAUGUGUUAUCAAAAAGAAAUGCACCUUAUACACACACUUAUAUACAAGGAUACUUAUCAGUGGUUAGUGAAUGCAGCCUCCCUCAGAUCGCUCCCAGCCAGCAAUCAACUUGAACACAAGAAUAUACAAAACACAACGAGGGAACCGGCUGAUUGUCUAAAUGAAGAUAAAUAAAAAGAGGUAUAGUGUAAUACAGUUUUACAAUAUUAACACUGCGCAAUAUAAAAUGCACUCACAGGAUAUUGGACAGUUCAGGCAUAUAUGGUGCCACCCCUGAUGAUAUGGGGGGCUAGAGAAAUCCCCUGGACACUUCCACUCAAAAUGCAGGACUCCAGGUGAAGAUAUGAAAAAAGCGGCUUUAAUUGUAUAAAAAUAUAAAAUAGAUACAAAUAAAGGUCCUACGCGUUUCGUCCCUUCUACAAAAUAUGGGACUUCGUCAGGGACCACAAUAUUAAAAUAACAAUCAAUGCAGUACAAUCACAAAAACAGCCUAACAUCCCUCCACCCUCAAGUCCUUUAAAUAGGGCUAAUCCCUAAAUGUAAUUAAUCACAUGUGCCUCUCUGUCCUCCCUCAUUGGUCCUGUGUAGAUGAGUUUCAUACGCAUAGCACUUCCGGUUUUUGGAACGCACGGAAGUGCCGAAAAUAACCGGAGAAUUACAGAAAUGAUGAAGAUCAACUGUGAACACCUGGGAAUAAGAUCUUCAACAGAUGAAACUCAUCUACACAGGACCAAUGAGGGAGGACAGAGAGGCACAUGUGAUUAAUUACAUUUAGGGAUUAGCCCUAUUUAAAGGACUUGAGGGUGGAGGGAUGUUAGGCUGUUUUUGUGAUUGUACUGCAUUGAUUGUUAUUUUAAUAUUGUGGUCCCUGAGGAAGUCCCAUAUUUUGUAGAAGGGACGAAACGCGUAGGACCUUUAUUUGUAUCUAUUUUAUAUUUUUAUACAAUUAAAGCCGCUUUUUUCAUAUCUUCACCUGGAGUCCUGCAUUUUGAGUGGAAGUGUCCAGGGGAUUUCUCUAGCCCCCCAUAUCUUCAGGGGUGGCACCAUAUAUGCCUGAACUGUCCAAUAUCCUGUGAGUGCAUUUUAUAUUGCGCAGUGUUAAUAUUGUAAAACUGUAUUAAACAUGUGUUAGGGCUGAUAAGAGACAGACUGUGUCAGGUACUAACUAAGCGGCCAGCCUCUCCUUCAGUGACACAUAAAGCAGACACAAACUAUACAAUGGACGUAAUAAUGAUAUAUUCUGUGUUAAUGACUACUGGAGGUAUGUUACCUGUGUGAUAUUAGCUUUGUUUAAUGCAUGUUGUGUGUAUAAUAUACUGUAUUCCUGUGUGUGCAGAUAUGUACGGGUAUUGCAUGUUGUCUGUGCUAUAUUGUGCCUGUCUGUGUGUGAAUGUUUAUGUGUGUGCAUGUAUGUGUAUGAUGCCUGCUCUGCAUUCAGUACAAUACAUACUUGUACAUGCAUGUGCGUGCUGUAUUUUGUAUGUUUAAUGUGCUAUGCUCCUGUAUGUGCAUGUGUAGGUGUAUAUUACACAUUUUACAUACAGUUUAUACUAUGAUUGUAUGUACAUGUGUGUAAUAUGCAUGUUUGUAAACCCGCAUUUUGUGCUGCAUUUUACAUCCACCCCUGCAAGAAGCCCAUUUAAUUUGAAGACUGCAGCUCAGUACAGACUGAGAAUCCGAAGCCAUUCUACCGGAUUUCCUUAAUCUUAGUUACUACAGUAUUAAUUUACUAGAACAAUGUUAUUUGGAUUCCACUACCACCUGUACGCUGAUGGCAUGGGUCACAUUUCUGAUCCAUUUACAUACAUUUUAUGUUUAAGAUUUGUAAUAAUUUAUAGCAUUUUGUAAACUUUUGAUUCUCCUCUGCCACAAUUCCUUUCUGGUCUAUCUGUCUGAAUAAAACGUGAAUAGGGUUCACCCCAGCAGCAGCUAGAGAUGAAUAUUCUAAAUGUGUAGGUCAGACUUAUAAUGAAUAAGGUUUAAAUUACGAUAGACAGUACUGAAACGCACAUUUGAUUGAGAGUUCGUGCUCUGAAUGCACUGUAACCACAUACCAGGUGGGAGUGAUACAUUGUCACAGUGUGUGCUACAUGUGGGUGUACAUUGCUCUACUGAACGUGACAAUUUAUCUUGUUUUAAUAAAUUUAUUUUCGCAGCCCUGAAUCCGGCUCCGCUCACUAGUCGUCUGUCCAGGCACCACUCCUCGUUACACGUGCCCAACGUGACCUGCAUCGCAGCAAAGCCUGGGGCUAGCGUGACCCUGAACUGCUCCUUUCAGUCGCCCAGUCCCGUCCGCCUGGAUCAGAGCACUAUUAAAUGGACCAAGAAUGGGGUGGUGAUGCAAUACCAGAAUAAUUCGUGCUGCGGCAGCCUGUACCCCGAGAUUUACUUUGAGGACAGUUUUGUGAAACUGGAACUGAUUAAUGUGACACUAGAGGAUGCUGGAAAUUAUAACUGCUACAUAAAGCACGAGUCUACCGAGCAAAGCUACGAUAUUAUUCUUCAAGUAACCGGUACGUCACAGUGCCCCCUACUGACUAUAGCUGUACUAAGCCAUGUCCCUGUAAUCGUUUCUCUGAGUGCUAUUUGGAAAUGUAACAAUAAAUACACAUAUAAAUAUUGAUCACCUACAUGCCAUAGUAUCUUUAAUAACUCUGUAAGCUUUGUGAUGUGACUGUUAGUAAGCCGCCUUCCUUUAUAGAUUCAGUACAUUUAUAUGGGAAACAUUGGGGGAAUGUGCUUCAAUGUAGGGUUGUAAGAUCGCUAUACGUUUUUUCACUUAGCCUUUGAUUUCAUAUUUUUGGAUGAGUGUUUCAAAUUGCUUAAUAUUUUUGUAUAAAUGUGUAAUAUUUUCAUAUUUUUGAUAUAAAGAUUUUUUUGAUAUGUGAUGUAAUUUUAGAAUUUUAAUAUUUUGGAAAAAAAAGUGUAUCCAAAAAUAUAAAAUCAUUUAAAAAGGCUUAUUCAAAAAAUAUGAAAUUAGAGGGACAACUAUAGUCACCUGAACAACUUUAGCUUAAUGAAGUAGUUUUGGUGUAUAGAACAUGCCCCUGCAGCCUCACUGCUCAAUCCUCUGCCAUUUAGGAGUUAAAUCCCUUUGUUUAUGAACCCUAGUCACACCUCCCUGCAUGUGACUUGCACCGACUUCCAUAAACACUUCCUGUAAAGAGAGCCCUAUUUAGGCUUUCUUUAUUGCAAGUUCUGUUUAAUUAAGAUUUUCUUAUCCCCUGCUAUGUUAAUAGCUUGCUAGACCCUGCAAGAGCCUCCUGUAUGUGAUUAAAGUUCAAUUUAGAGAUUGAGAUACAAUUAUUUAAGGUAAAUUACAUCUGUUUGAAAGUGAAACCAGUUUUUUUUUUCAUGCAGGCUCUGUCAAUCAUAGCCAGGGGAGGUGUGGCUAGGGCUGCAUAAACAGAAACAAAGUGAUUUAACUCCUAAAUGACAGUGAAUUGAGCAGUGACAUUGCAGGGGAAUGAUCUAUACACUAAAACUGCUUUAUUUAGCUAUAGUAAUUUAGGUGACUAUAGUGUUCCUUUAAGGCCUUUGGUAGGAUGUUGACCACUGACCAGAUACGUGGAAAACAGCAGGAUUAGAGAAUUUUUCAGAUUUGGCUAUUUCGGAUUAAAAUGUGCAAAUCUUUUGGCAAUGCUUCAUAAUUCCUAAUUUGGUAUGAUGAUUUUAAAAAAAAAUAAUAUUUUUUUGAUACAGUGAAAUAUUUUUUGAGAUUGUUAAAAUCAUUGUUGAAAUCACUAACUUUGGUUUAUCGCUGUACAGAAAACUCUGCCUGCAGCGAUUUCUCUGACCCGGUUCCAAGAAACGAGAGCAGGAAGCAGCACGGGGGUCCUACGGAUCUUCAGAUUGGCCUGGUUACUGGCGCGGCUGUUCUUACGGCAGUAUUCGCUGUUCUUUUGUAUUUCUGCUACAAACCCUGAUAUCUCUUCCAGCGACGCUUGGCACAGGUAUUCUCGCCUGCACCUGUUGCUGAGAGUAUUUUGCAGGGAUCGCUGCCUACCCUCACUUCAGCAGCUUUGCCCUUCAACUCCCAUCAAUCACAGCAGAGAGUGUGUUUAUGCAGCCGGCGACUCUCUGCAGCUUCCAAACUGCAACAUUAAUCUUUUUUCAAAUUUUGGCUGUCACAGAGACUGAUUGAGGCAUAUGGCUAAGGUUCAUUUUUUAAUUUUUAUAACAGAAAGUACACAAAUCUUUUUUAAGGUUUCUUUUUUUUUAGAUGCCGUAUAAUCGUUUUCUUAUAGUUAGUUUACUCUGGAACUGACAUGUUUGGCAUUCUGCAAAUCUUUACUGGUCUCGUUACAUGUUGUGUGAUUAGGUCGUCCAGUUGUAAUGACAUUGGUAAAGUAAUACCUUCUCUUACCGCCCGCAGACUCAGAAAUGCUGAUUCAAAAUAUUAAUUGUCAUUCGUUGCUCAUUUCUACUACCGGCUAACCCAAAGCUGAGGCUGAAUACACACCAAUAAACAGACAAUUAACAUGUGGCAGAUUUGAUAAAUAAUCUUGUCAUGUUAAACACCAAGCCUCACGUAAGACGUUAGUUUUAAGGGAAUUCUUGGACAAAGCCGGGAAAGAAAAUGCGGGAGUGGAUUGUGUCGUGGAUUUAACCCCUUCACUACCAAAUGCUUUUCCUUAACAAAAAUAGAGUAUAUAUUUAUUUUAAAGAGUUUAAGAGUUUACAUUUAAAUAUAGGACAAACCAACAUGGAGAUACUUGUUCAGUGAUGCCUAUAAAAUUUUAAUUUACGCAAGUUUACACUAUUUGCAUUUUUUCAAUUUUUUUUACAUACUGCGUAUGAAUAUUUUGGUAUAACACGUUUUAGAAAUGGCAUUGAUUUAUCGCAGUGUUUCAGAUGGUGCCUAAGAAAAAUAAAAUAAAUACAUUUCCUGUCUUAUACAAUAGGUUUGACGAAAAUAAUAAAUAAAAAUGGUUAAGGAUCCCGAUUAAGGGUAUUUGCAAGUUACCUGAUGGCAUUUCUGGGAGGGCAGCUUCCUAAAAAAUGCAGCCGGGAUUUAUAAAUAAUGUCAGUACAGCUACACCAAGCAGCUGUACUAUACAAGGCUGCUAUUAUAUCCAGGUAAUAAUAACACCUACAGUGUGCUCAGUAUGAUCUGCUCCCUGGAUGCUCAAAUGCAGCCACGGUGUUUGACCUACAUAGGUUGUCUUAGAUUAAGAGAUUAAAGGUAGGGCAGUGAAUUUACUACGAGCCCUUAGCAAUAAAUGUAUUUCUAACUGGGUAUAAAAUGAAUUAUAAAAUUAAGAUAUUAAAUAUAAAAUUAAGAAUGAAGUACGGCUUUAUAGAACACGUUUUGUUCUGCAUUGCAACAUACGUUAAUUAACAUGUAUAUGCAUAUUGUUGGGAGGGAAAAAGGUUCAGAAGUGAGGUACGGGGCAUCUCUAAUGGUUGUGUGCAUUAUUUAUUACGGAAUAGGCUGUGUUUAGCUUUAAGUUAGAAGCAGAGGCGUAAAUGAAAAUAGCGCUUUGAUGACAGCGUCUGUGCGUUUUAACAUUGUUUCGGUGCGCCCUCUGAUGGGGAUGCAGAGAUUACACAGGCAGCAUUCUAUCAGAGCAUUGCAGGAAGCUCUGGAGACAUGGUUCUUUGGCCUUUUUUUGUUUUUUUUUAGUUUCAAAUUAUUCAGUAGACAGCAUUUUUUUUUUUUUGCUUGAGUCGUCACUGCUCAUUGACAGCUAUAGGUGUGACUGCGAGAGCCAUGUAAUCUGUCUGACACAUGAAGCCAAGUCAACAUUCUGGAGGAAUAAGAUAUCUCUCCAUGUCAGCAGUUUAUUUAACAUUGCAUGUUUUUAUAUAAGAGAACGCUCUGGGUUUAUUCUGAGGUUUUUAUUGGCUAUUUUUUUUAAAGUGUUAUAGAUUAAAUUAUAAUUUUAUUUUAAAAAAGGAAUUAAAA